CUCGGCCGGCUAGCUCUCUCAUGGUGGUUUAUUCAGUAUAUAUUCCUGGUACUUCUGCCCACGUCAUAACACUAACAGGUUGCCACUGCUGUGCUACAUGAUGAUGCAUUGCCUUGGAAUUGUUUCCGUGAAACUAGCUAAGGCCGACGACAUUAGUUCACAUUCGCACCUCCUAUUGUGUCAGUCUCAGUGAAUGUGAUGAAUUGAAAUUGUGAAUUACUCAUUCUUCUUAUCUCUGCGGUUGUUGGACCUUGAUCCCCAUAUCCCGGUACGGCGGUAGUAGUGCUGUUUGAACACAACACUCAACAGGCAGUCGCUACGCCGUGACGUUUGGCCUGCAAUUCCUAUUCAGAACACCGGGUAGGCCCAAGGCAAGCCACAACCUGUGGACAAUGGCGAGAGCGGGGAACGCCGGUGCUUGGAACAUUUUGAGCAAUUUUCUCAUCAUCAUACUUUGUUCAUUGCCGGGACUUAUUCUAGAGUUUGCUGUCACGUCUCCUUCAGUUCCUUUUCAACGAGGUAUUUAUUGCAACGAUGAAAACCUUCGCUAUCCCUUCAGCAAGAACACCAUCAGUACCUCACUGGCCGUGGUUUUGUCUCUGGGAAUUCCAUUUAUUGGUAUGGUGAUUGUAGAGUGGCUUCUCUUUCGACGCUACAAAGCCCUCGGGGAGCUCGCCCGCGACGUGCCCAUGUACCGCGGCACCAAGGUUCUCUGCCUGAAGGUCCACAGCUUCAUCGUUGCAUUCGCCUCGGCUUACGUCCCCUUCCUCUUUGCAUGCGGGAUCAAUCUGUCAGUGACCAAUGCCCUCAAGUUCAUGGUGGGCAGGUUGCGGCCACAUUUCCUGACAAUCUGCCAGCCCAAUCUGACGGCCCUGCAUUGUACGGAUGAGUACGGAUACCAGGCCUACGUACAGGGCAUCACGUGCGAUCCCAAGGCAGAGGUAGACACCCUUUUGGAUGCCAGGCUAUCCUUCCCUUCUGGUCAUGCGUCCGGCACAGCUUGUGCCUUUAUCUACUUUGCAAUCUACUUGCAAUUCCGCAUGGUUUGGAAGGGACCCUACCUCCUCAGGCCCUUUAUACAGGUCUUGGGCAUUACUGGUGCUGUCUUGAUCGCCGCAUCCCGGGUCUCUGACUACAAACACUUUUGGAGCGACGUCUUCUUUGGAUUCUUCUUGGGAACCAUCACUGGAGUUUUGGUGGCCUACUUUGUGAGCAACCUGUAUUUCUUUGAGAUCCCUUCCUACAUCGACAACAGCCCCUCAACUAAAGAGUUCAACACGUCACCCAGCGAUACAGACCUCUCGACCAUCGUUGCCAUGCCAAACUAUCAGUCAACAGAUGCCACCGAGUUCUAUGGAAAGAAAGCAACAAACAUAUAGUGCAAGACACCCCUAACAUUAAAUCAAUAUGCCUUGGGCAUCAACUCUCAUUAUGUAGAAAUCGUAACAAAUUUUGACCAAAUCAGUAGUUACAUAUAUAUUAAACUAAAAGGUUCUGUUGACUAUUAUAUUUUGUUGACAGAUUCUAGUUUGUGUACAUGUAAAUUGUACAAAUACCAAAGGUAGUUAUCAGUAUCAACUGCUUCAAAUUUAAAAACUGCUGUUUAUUUUCACGUUAAAGAGGUUGUGGAAUGCUCGAAGACAUUUCCGUCAUUUUUCGGGUAUAUGUAGCC